UUGACCAAAAAUUUCUCAUUAUUUAUUUCCAAUUAGACUACUCUGAAGAUCCAAGUGAUUAUAUUUUGAAAUUGCCAAACCUUCCGAAGAACCUUAAAGAAAUGAUUACUAUUCGUUGCUGGUUACAACAACUAUUUAAAUGUGUUUUUGAUCGUGCUUGUUUUUAUAACAUUGUAUUUAAUCCAGAAAUGAUUAAUAUAUUAUUUGAUAAUGACAAAACAAUUCCUCUUCAAUUUAACAUAAAAGACAUUAAAUUGAUAGCUUGCAAAAAAACAAUUGAGAAUAUUUUUAAAUUUUAUUUAAAUCAUUUAUCAAAUUCUGAAUAUCUGUACAUCAAUUUUAAAUGUGUCGACAUUACAGAUCACUAUAUAAAUAUUUUAUUCAAUAUUAUAAUAAAUAAAGGCAAUAAAAUACUAAAAAUUUCUGUUCACGGUUACGAACUAUCAAAGCUUCAUGAUCUUAUUAUAGAAUAUAUAAUAACAUCUAAAGACUGUUCAAAUAUGGUGCCUAAAAUUGUUUUUUUGCGUUCUGAUUUUCCUAACUUUAAAUUAAGUGAAAGAGCAGAAAAUGUUGAAAUUGAUGCUUCAACUUAUACAUAUAAAAUAUGUACAAAAUACCAAAUUUCCAAUAUUUACAAUCCAAGAGUGAGAUUUGAGAUUUGCAAAAAAGAAGAUAGACGCGGAUGGAUUUUUUGGAAUAAAGUUGAAAUAAUGAAAAAGAAUUGA